CGGUAUCAUGACGCUGGUUAUGUUGUCUUAACCCAGUUACUGUAGCUACUGCUGUCUUGUUUGAGGGAACUCGUGAACAAAUGAAGCAGUUAUGUAGCUCACCGGAGGAGGACUUUACCCUGCUGUGACCAGCUAUCUUCACCUGCUGUGACAGGCCUCACUCGGCUCGCUACACUACAGAGGCUCCGUCUGACACCCAGCUAGCUAACUAGCUAGCUAGCCACACACGCUAGCAAACAAGCAGGUGUGAGUCCUGCGAUGUGCUGCUGUUUGUUUUUCUCGUCUCGGCUGGCUUUCUAACUCAGCUGUCGGGCGUGUAAUCUUGUUAUUUUUCGUGGCUGUGGAGUGAAGAAGGAAAUAAACCGCAUACUCUCAGUGUUUGCUGUUGUCGCCAUCAGGGCUCCAGUUUAAAGAUGUGGCAAAGUGUCGGACUCACACUGCUGGUCAUUGUGGCCACACUUGUCUGUGCUCUGCUCUUCAUGCUGUUUGGUUGGUAUGUCGUCUGGCAGCUCUUCCUGUCAAAGUUUAAAUUCUUGCGUGAGCUUGUUGGGGACGCCAGCACCCCGCAAGCAGAGUCGCAGCCGUCCGAAACCAAGAGUGAACGAACAGCUAACGCCUCGACGAGGAAUCGGCCCAGGACCACACGCCAAAGAGUCGCCGCUGCAGAAAGCACUUAGACACGUACUACAAACUCACUGUGACUGCUCAUCAGCCCUGGACACACGACUCUGUCAUCAGCCCUCCUCUUCAACAAAACACUUUACACUGACCAGGCAGAUCUCCUGGUUCAAAGGGAAAAGCCAUUACUGUCCAUUUCUUAUGUUUACCAACCUACAGUCAUGUGUGUACUGUGCAGUGAGUCUGGGGGCUCCACUCAUCCUCCUUCUGCAGUAGUGACAGCUGCUUUCAUGAGCCCACGCUGCUUCCUGCCACAACAUGGAGUACAAAGAUCCUUCAUCAUAUAGAGACAUUCGUUUAUCUUUUAUUUACAUGUUUUAAUCUUGUAUUUUGUAACACAAGUGAGUGUUUUUUUGAAGGAGGCUAGUGGAUAAAUGUCAAAAACUAGCUUGUCUACAUCAUUUCAACAACGGAAACAGUGAUUUAUAAAACUGACAGUUUAUUUUCUUUAGAUAAGUAAGAAAGUGCAAUGAAAGGAAUGUUAAAGCUACCAUUUCGUAGUUUUCCUGCUCAGUAGAUUUUGGAGGAAGUGGAGACUGUCUCGCUAAGGAGAUAAUGGCCCUAAAAGCCUCCAAGUAAGACGACAAAUGGCGCAACUUCAUUCCAGUUGUGUGAAAUGUGACCUUUUUCUUCCAACUUCUUCUUUUUUUUUCAGAAAAUUAAUUUUGUACUUGAAGAGUCAGGAGAAAGUUUUAAGGAAAUGACUGUUGGUGUUCAGUAGCAGCUCAAGACAUCAGGCGUUUUCAGACCAGACUAUUCAGAGGCACCACCCAAUCCAGACACUACAGACUGCUGAGGCCUUUUUUUAAAGUUCGAUUAACAUAGUCCAGCUGGGCUUUGAUGAAGCAAACCUAUAUUAGUUAAGUACACAUGAAGGCUUUGUGGAGUCCUCUUUUCAUGAAGGUUUAAUGCUAAAACAUGUUUUUAUUCCUUUCAGAUUUAGAUCCUCCAACAGCACUGUAACAAAGCUCCACUCUAAAUAUGCCUUUGUACUUUGAUAUUGGCUAUAUUAUGGUGUAAUUUUGGUGUCCCUGUCAUUCCACAACAUUAUGGAGUUUCAGAGGCAACAAAGGCAGGCAUUACAGGGGUGUAUACAGCCUUUCAUGAAUAAAUAAACACCACCGUCUCGCCAGCUUGACUCUAAAGUAAGCGUGUCAUGCCAGGCAAUGUCUCUUACAUUUUUGCUUUAUUAUUUGUAUAUACAGUUCUUGCAGAACUUUUGGACAUGUUUUGGCCAAAAUUUUAGGCUGAAGUAGGCCGUAGGUGUGGCGGGUAAGCAUGGCCUAGGAUACUGUAUUACCAGGGGUGAAAUGGACUGGGCAAUAGAAAUGCCAUUGGGCUUGACCCUGACCCCCUCAGUACUAGGUUGUGGCACAUCAGGCCAAGUGAUGAAUUCUUAGCACCAUACAUGCCUGAAACUUCUGCACAUGCUGUAAAAAUCAGCAUUUUAACAUGGGGUGUGUGUGAUUUCAAGUGUUUGUGCAGCCUCUAGCAGUUAAGAGGCGUUAAACUGACGAGAUGAGAGUGUAGUUCUCUGUACGAGUGUAUGUCUGUCUGUGGUUGUGUUUACAUGCUGUGGUCUCGUGGUUCCACCUCACCCUAACACAGUUUGAAAUUACACCAAUAUUACACUAUGCAGAAUUCAAAUGAAUGUACAAAGGCACAGUAAUGGCAAGUGGCUUCAUUGAAACACUCUAAAAAGGACUAUAGACAUGCCGUUAUGGAAUCAAUACUUAAAGUAAAAAGAUGUUGAGCAAUCACAAUCUAAAAAAACUCAAUAUCACACCUUGAACCAACCAUAUGAAAACAUGUUAAGUGUUUAUGCAGGGCUGUAAAAGAGCCUAAAAGACACCUGUUCCCAAAGUUACAGACAUCUUGAUGAAAAAGUUCUUCCUUGACAGUUAACACUAUCACAGCCCCUGUGUGUUUAACUUUUAUGUUAUAGCCGUGUGUAAAACUGCUGCCACAUUUCUUUGGGGUUGGCUUUAGCAGCUCAUUUGUUGGACAAAUCAAUGCUUACAUCCUUAAACAUGAUGUCUUUAAGGAUCAGUUAAAAGGGUUGGGGUCCUCAGACUGUUCUAAGAGUUUUGACGAAGCUCCUGUGGUCUGAAAGCACCUGAUGGCAGCUGAUCUUGGGGGGGCUAUGACAUGAUGCUGACGUCUGAACCGCUCCUGCUCCCUGUGCCUCUGUCUGCUCCAGUGCCUGUCUAUGUGGCAUCCACUGUUUGUUACACGGCCCCUUUUUUGUAAAAGCGACUGCUUCCUGUCAUUACAGGGAAGGUUAAAGCUGACCAGGGCCUCGUCAAUAUUUAUGUGAAACUCUCCCUCCAGGUAAAACUCGUGUAACUCUUGCACCUUUUUAUCAGCAGUGAUUCUUUUUUUCUUCAGUGGAGCAGAAGCUUCAAAUAAAAAUGGACAUUAAAAACAGCAUUUGGUCCUCU